CGGUAUCCUUCCGGCGACGCCUCUACCCGAUGACACAUCCACAUGGCCAGCAGAGGCACGUGGAUUCCAGGAUCAGGCCUCGCCCUGUAUGCGUGAGCAAUGGCAGCUGGAGAGGCAGCAACACUAGCCUAACGUCGGGUCGAGUCCGCGGAGAGACGGAGAUGGCGGGAUUCGACGGACGAGCACCGCAGCCCAAUCCGUACCUCUUCGAGAUUGAGGCUCAGAAGAACAAAAAAGCCACUCUUGCCCACGAGGUAGGGGCUGGAUCACCUUGCAAGAAAUGUGAAGAUAAGUGUCCUGGAUUUGAUCUCCAUUAUUGGAGAAAGAUAUGCCGGAACUGCAAGUGUGGGAAGGAGGAGCACGACGUGUAUGAGGAAGUUCUUGUGGACCCUGGCUAUUAUCGCAUCGGGAGACUCUUCGAUCGACCCCUCAGGACAACCGAGGAAGAGCUGAAGUACAGCCAUGGAAAGGACCUACAAGUGGAAGAUAGGAAGUUGCAUAAAACCAGGAGCUUCAAGUUCGACUGGAUCCCCCCCGGAAUCACCGACUCUCUGAGAUGCUGUGUUUCAUCUCUGUGGUGUCCCAUGUCACAGGCAAGCAAGUACAUGGAAAUGCUUCCCGAAUCUCACCUGCCCAUCAGUGGGUCGGAGGGAGCUUUCGACAGACGGAAGCGUCUGUCCAAGCAGAUCCCUGCCCAUGACAUGGAACUGGGGUCUCCUCAUCAGAAGACUCCACAUGAAAGAAAAAUGCAUGAAGAGUAUCUGAGGAGCUUGAAGGAAAAUGCCGUCGGUCAAGGGUCUGUGAGACAGUGCCCAGCUGCCGGUGAAACGUUGGAAAAAACUUUUGCCCAUUCUCUGCACAUUGAGGUAGGGAAACUCUUUGCUUUUGAAAUUGUGAAUGUCUUUGCUCUUGAAUUCAAACAGAAGUUGAAUGAUUUCAUGCAGGAUCAUGAAAAGCAGAAGGAGAGUGAACCGACAAAAAAUGGUUUUUCGAUGGGCUUAGAUCCCGACUUCCCUCCGCCACCUUCUCCACUAUCACAGGGAGUGACUGCUGAUGUGGGUCCACAAGACAUUGGAUUGAAAUGCUUCCAAUGUCAAGAGCCCUUGCCUGCCGGAGAGGUGGCCGUGUUUGCUGAGAGGGCAGGACCGAAUCGAGCCUGGCAUCCUCAGUGUUUUGUCUGCUGUCACUGCAAGGAGCUACUCGUCGAUCUCAUCUAUUUCCAUGCGAACGGUCAGAUCUAUUGUGGUCGAGAUUUUGCCCAAAUCUGUCAGAUCCCUCGCUGCAAGGCUUGUGAUGAGGUAUCCAUUUCAUUUCCUGCUCAUCUUUCUGUACUAUUGAUCUUCUCCAAGAUGCACACUCAAGCGGAAGGCUCGGCAUGGCAUACCGACCACUUCUGCUGCUUCCUGUGUGAUCAACCCUUGGCUGGGAAGAAGUACAUCCCUCAAGAUGGACAUCCCCACUGCCUCCCAUGUUUCCAGGCCAGCUAUGGCAAGCGCUGCGAGACGUGCAAGGGAGACAUCGCUCCGGAAGGUCGCAGGGUCUGUCACAACAGCCUCAACUGGCAUGCAGACGACAGUUGCUUCCGCUGCCACAUAUGUCAAACUUCUCUCUUGAAUGCCCAAUUCCUUUGUAGGAAUGCACUCACCUUUUGUAGUCGGGAAUGUGUUGCAGUUGCGAAAGGGAAGAACCUCCUCUGAUAUAUUGUCUUCUCCAUCCUUAACUCGAUUCAUGGUUCAUCCUCUCAGUAUGGUAUGAAUUCCCUCCAUUCUGUACCGUGCAUUUGCACAUAGGGCAGCUGUAUUAUACAUAACUCAAUUAUAGGCUUUGGGUGAAAAUUCAGCUGUGUUGAUUCCCAUUUGUUUUAUAUGUGAGUGUGAUCAUAUGUGGUUGUAAGGUCAUUCCUGUCUAGUCAGGAAACCAUGAUGUGAGGUGCUGUCGAAGGGAGUGAAUUUGUUCUGGAUAGUAGAUUCAUUCCAGGGGGCUAUUAUAGCUUGUCCCGGUGAAAUUUGCUGGAAUGAUUUCCCUUUCUUCACUCUUGGAAGGAUGAAGUAAGGCUUUAUACACAGUACAAUUAUACAAUGAUGAAAGCAUUCCCUUUCAUGCCAUUCCACGGUGCCAUGACAUUGCAGUAGCCAUUCUGCUUGACCUGUAUUAUUCAUGACACCUGAUAAUACAGUGAACGGUUUGUGAUUUUUCAUGUGCCAUUAAUCUGAUUGUAUCCAAUCCAAGGAUAUGUGCCAAUUCUCCCUGUUCCGUUUUCUUCUAACGUAUCUUCCCAUUGGACCAUUUCCAAAUAAAUCA